AUGUCAUCAGCAGGGGGCGGGAAUAUCAAGGUAGUGGUAAGGGUGAGGCCUUUCAACGGUAGAGAAAUUGAUCGUGGGGCUAAAUGUAUCGUGCAAAUGAAAGACUCACAGACACUCCUUAUUCCACCUCCAGACUACGAAGAGCGCGUCAAAUCAGGGAAAGGAGGAAACAAAGAUCUCGGCCAGAAGGUUUUUGCUUUUGAUAAAUCAUAUUGGUCCUUUGAUCGCUCAGACACUCAUUAUGCAGGGCAAGCGGAAUUGCACAAAGACUUGGGAAAGCCUUUAUUAGAUAAUGCGUUCCAGGGAUACAACAACUGCAUUUUUGCAUAUGGCCAGACUGGAUCAGGAAAAUCAUAUUCGAUGAUGGGAUAUGGCAAAGAAGCUGGUGUAAUUCCACAGAUAUGUCAGGAUAUGUUUGUCCGCAUAGAGAAUUUGCAGCAGGACAAAAACCUGAGAUGUACCGUGGAGGUUUCUUACUUGGAGAUUUACAACGAGCGCGUGCGAGAUCUCUUGAACCCCACAACAAAAGGAAACCUGAAGGUGCGAGAGCAUCCGUCGACGGGUCCCUAUGUCGAGGAUCUAGCAAAGUUGGUGGUCAGCAGCUUCAUUGACAUUGAACACUUGAUGGAUGAGGGAAAUAAAGCUAGGACAGUAGCUGCUACAAACAUGAAUGAAACUAGUAGUCGAAGUCAUGCAGUGUUUACUCUAACCUUGACUCAAAAAAGAAUCGACGUGGAGACGAAAAUGGCUAUGGAAAAAGUUGCCAAGAUAAGUUUGGUAGAUUUGGCAGGCUCUGAAAGGGCUACAUCAACAGGUGCAACAGGUGCGCGUCUUAAAGAGGGCGCUGAGAUUAAUCGGUCCUUAUCCACACUCGGUCGAGUGAUUGCGGCCUUAGCUGAUCUAUCUGAUGGAAGGAAGAAAAAGUCCGGGAAAGGGAUAAGUCAAGUUCCAUACAGAGAUAGCGUCUUAACGUGGCUACUAAAAGAUUCUCUGGGAGGAAAUAGUAUGACUGCCAUGAUUGCGGCAAUUAGCCCAGCAGAUAUUAAUUUCGAUGAGACUCUGAGCACUCUGAGAUAUGCUGAUAGCGCCAAAAGAAUAAAAAAUCAUGCAGUGGUAAAUGAAGAUGCAAAUGCCCGGAUGAUUCGUGAAUUAAAGGAGGAACUCGAAGCUCUUCGUAGUAAGCUGAGUGGCGGAGGCGGGAGUGCCACCGAGGAAACCUAUGCCGUGGGAACACCCCUUGACAAGCAAAUUGUUAGUCUCACCCAGCCAGACGGUACAGUAAAAAAAGUUUCUAAAGCAGAGAUUGCCGAACAACUCAGCCAAUCUGAGAAACUAUACUCUGACCUUAAUCAAACAUGGGAAGAAAAACUAGCAAAAACCGAAGAGAUACAUAAAGAGCGCGAAGCGGCUCUUGAAGAACUUGGAAUCAGUAUCGAGAAAGGAUUCGUAGGCUUACAUACGCCCAAGAAAAUGCCACAUUUAGUUAACUUAUCAGAUGAUCCUCUACUGGCUGAAUGCCUAGUUUAUAACCUCAAACCCGGCACAACUACUGUUGGAAAUGUCGAGACGAAUCCUGGACAGACAUUGGAAAUUAGAUUGAACGGAAGUCGUAUUCUCUCUGAGCAUUGUACCUUUGAAAAUGUUGAGAACAUGGUCACUUUGGUACCUAAAGAAGGCGCCGCGGUUAUGGUAAAUGGUAAACGAAUUAUCGUUCCUAAGCGAUUAAGAAGUGGUUACCGUGUUAUUCUGGGUGAUUUCCAUAUAUUUAGGUUCAAUCAUCCAUUGGAAGCAAAGGCUGAACGGGUGGAACAAACCUCGCUAAGGUAUUCCAUCAUAGCAAACCAAAUGGGUGAAAUUGAGAAGAAUACGAAUACACCCUCGCCAAGGCCAAGUCAUGAACGCUGCAUGAGUAGGGCUUAUUCAGAAGUUGAAUGGGACGGAACUCGGCCAGACUCACCUCUGCUACAGAGGAGUAGGGACUCAGACUGGUCUUUCGCGCGUCGAGAAGCUGCUUAUGCAAUCCUUGGCUCAGACAAACAGAUUGCCGGUCUGACCGACGAAGAGCUCAACAUCUUGUUUGAAGAUGUUCAAAGGGCCAGGGCCGAACGAGCAGGUCAGACGCUAGAUGAUGAUUGCGAUUCUCUAAUAUCAUGCCCAGUUCGCGAAAAGUACAUGUCAAAUGGUACUCUAGAUAAUUUCUCUUUUGAUACAUCAUUGACAACACCCUCUACACCCAAGCAGGAAGAGAUUGAAGACCGAAUUCGAGAAGUCAGGGAAGAAAUGCAAGCACAGCUCGAUAAGCACAAAGUAGAAUAUCAGGAGCAAUUAAAACAUGCCGAAUUUGCCAAUGUUGAGGUGGAAGUAGUGAGAAAAGAAAAGGCUCGAGUGGAAGAUGAUUUGCGUGAAGUCAAGGCUGAGAUGCUUAGAAAAUUAGAUGAACAGCGCAAAGAAUUUCUAGAACACAUUCAAAAAUUAGACUCGUCAAACCUAGCAGCAACAGAGAAGAUGUUAUGCUUGUCAGAAAAAGAACUGGAUAUUGUCAAGAAAGUUGUGUAUCAAUGGCGAGCUAGCCGAUACAUCCAAAUGGUUGAAGCUAUGCUACGGACUGCGGCGAACCUCAAAGAGGCCCAAGUGAUGAGUAAUGAGAUGGAAGAGAAUGUUUAUUUUCAGUUUGUUAUCGUUGAAGCUGGCCAUGAUAUAUGUUCCUCCUAUGAUAUGGUCAUGAAAAGCUCCUCAAAUGAGGAUGAUGAUCCUUACCUCGAAGAUGCAGUGAAACCGUGCGUCGGUGUUCGGGUCAUCAAUUAUGGAAAUAGUGUCAUCCAUCUAUGGAGCUUGGAAAAGAUGCAAGAGCGAAUUCGAAUCAUGCGACAGAUUUAUCGGCAUACGGAUAGACCAGGUUAUCUUCGACGUUUCAAACUUAGAAAUCCGUUCACAGAAAAUUAUACGCCACAGUUUACUCACAUCGGAGACGUAGACGUGCCUCUCUCUGCGGUAUUUGCGAGCCGUGUCCAAGACUUUACACUUGACGUUUUAUCACCAUACACAACUCAUGCGAUAGGGAUCCUGAAGCUUUCCCUGGAACCCUCUUCAGCUCAGGCUCCAACUAACACAUUGAAAUUCAAUGUGGUCAUGCAUGAAUUAAGCGGAUUUGCUGAGCGUGAAGGUACAGAAGUUCAUGCUCAACUCUUUGUGCCUGGAAUGUCUGAAGGAAGCGGGGUUACAACUACACAGAUGAUACAAGAUUUUGAUGAAGGUCCAAUACGCUUCAAAAGCGUCCACAGCCAGAGCGUGCCGAUGUUUGGACCACAUAAUGUUUGUCUUCGCGUGGCAAUUUUUGCUCGGACCAGCACAAUGCAUUUGGAUAAGAUUUUAAGUUGGGAUGAUAUGCAAGAGCCUAGCAGACGGCCAAGACACGACUCAAAGAAAAAUAGGAUAGCUGAGAAUCAUUUUUUACAGGAGGAAAAAUACGAUAUUUUUACCAAAAUACAAAUACUCGAGCCUGCCAAGAAUGGCGAAUAUCUUCCGGUUGAGGUCGUCCAAUCGAGCGAUACAGAUGUAGGCUCGUUCCAACUUCACCAAGGUCUCCAAAGACGGAUUGUGUUGAAACUAGCGCACAGCUCAGGAGAUGCUUUGCCUUGGCAAGAAGUGACAGAUCUCAGGGUUGGCUCUGUUCAACUUGUGGAUUUAGACGGGAACAAAACUAAUAGUGAGGCACCGACUCUCUUUUUUCCAAUGAAACUUGUAUCAAAGCCGACAGUAAUGAGAAACGCAAACGGAACAAGCAACAUUACACUAGUUGGACAGUGGGAUUCAAGUGCUCAUUCUCCUCUACUUGAUAAUAUUACUACAGAUAGAGUCAGAGUGAAAGUAUCCCUUGAAUGGGCUGUAACCUCAUCAAGACUUGUGAAACCCAUGUCAUUCUCCAGGGAUCUCUUCUUGCUCAUUCACUCGAGAGUUCACCCACGCUCAAAUUCAAUAUUUGCGUCAUUAUUCCAAAAUGUUCGGAUUACCCACUCGAUGUCUAGUAUUUUCUCGGUCACGAUCCGGCCUGCGCCGGUUAAGAGAAUUGGAAACCUCUGGCGCAUGAACACUCGUGAUAACUAUGUGCAAGGGGAGGAAGUAUUGAAUAAUUGGAAACCGCGGGGUAUAAGCUUAAUCCAGGAUCACUACAUUGCUCGGCGACGAAAGCGGCGAUUGGCCGAAAUUGAAAGUUUUCAGCCGCUCCUUAGCAGAGUUGCUUCCAGUUAUCACCAGAGUCAACGUACAGGGAAAGAUGAUGAGGUGUCGAAGCAUGAACUGCAAAUUUUGCAGAAGUAUAUUCGGCUUUGGCAGGGUUGUAAAGACCCAAUCUAUUCCCUCCUCAAGUCGAUCAACACAGAACCCCCGACGGCCAGCAAUCUAAUUCCCCUUUCACCCUCUACAUCACCUCACCUAUUGGCUAGCAUCACGCUCUAUCCAAAACAUCCUAUUUUGCUGAAAGGUGGUUAUUUACUAACGCUCUCCGAUGACUCGUCGCGCUGGGUCCGGCGGUUUGUUGAGCUUCGACAUCCGUAUCUUCAUGUCUAUUCGGUGCCGGAUGGCGAUGAAAUGGGCGUAAUUGGACUCGAGAAUUCACGGGUAGAUUGGCGUCUGCCCAUGGCUAAGCUUGUUGGCAGUGAGAAUUCGGCACAACGACGGUCGCUGCGGGAGGCUAACAUUUUUGCCGUCUAUGGCACCGAUAACACUUGGCUCUUUGUGGCACGGAGUGAACAGGAUAAGAUCGACUGGAUAUGGCGAAUUGAUAAGAGCUUUAUUGGACUCGGUGGCCGUGAGAGCCACUGA